AUUUCCUUCACUUCUGCUGACUCGCGAUAUCUUGUGUUUUAUGAGAGCUAGUAUAAGCAGAGAAAACGAUUGACUGGAAUAAGUUUUAAAGAGCAGGGCGUCUGUGGAAUAUUUGCUGUGUGAGAGUUCGAAAGACCGCACUUGACAUUUCGGCCGAGGUUGUUGGGAAUAUACGGGUGUACUGCAUUUCCGACUUCGGAAAAGUGCAUUUGUUGGAGAGACUUCCUUCGAAAUUCUCAAACUUCAGUCCAGUCAUCGAUCGAAGCAUCCCGAGUCCAAAACACCCCGAAAAACAGAGAUAGAAGACAAUGGCAGACCCAGAGAAAACACCACCGGUGUCUACAUUCCGCCCUCACCACCCCCCCAAGGCCUCAGAUCCGUCGAUAGAGGGUCUCACUGCGGGGAAAGAGAUGGAUAUUAUAUCUUCUGCCAAGGACGACGAAAUAUCAAUCGCACCUUCCCGUCCAUCCACCGUCUCGCAGCACGAUCACCCGCCAGAAGCACUGCCUCAACCACCAUCAACACGAUCAAGAACAACAUCCAUCAUCCCAGAAGCCGUGAUCGUGGAGCGUCGGGAUCGAAGAGGCAUGUUCACCCGCCUGACCCUUAUUCCAGAAGUCGAGAACCCCUACUACUAUGCUAGAAAGACGAAAUGGUUUCUCACCGUUAUCGUGGCUUUCUGCGGGAUGGCUGCCCCAAUGGGGUCUGCGAUUGUCAUGCCGGUCUUGCAGGAAAUUGCGAAGGAAUUUCAUGCGAACCAUACUGUGGCGAAUAUGAGCGUGGCUGUUUAUAUGCUAGCCAUGUCCAUAUUUCCGCUGUGGUGGUCUUCUUUUUCUGAGACCGCGGGGAGGAGAACGAUAUACAUCAUCUCCUUCGCACUAUUCGUCCUUUUCGCCAUCCUAUCCGCCAUUUCGACGAAUAUCGCAAUGCUGGUUGUCAUGCGGACCUUUUCUGGCGGCGCAGCAGCAUCAGUCCAGGCAGUAGGAGCAGGAACGAUUGCAGAUAUCUGGGAAGUAAAGGAACGAGGGAGAGCAAUGGGACUUUUUUACCUCGGGCCUCUCUGUGGGCCACUCUUCGCCCCCAUUAUCGGCGGUGUGCUGGCCCAAGAAUUCGGCUGGCGAAGCACGCAAUGGUUUCUCGUUGUCUACGGCGGGAUAACUUUCCUCCUGAUCCUGUUCGCACUCCCUGAAACGCUUCGCACAAACGACAUCAAACCCCUUCCUGUCACCACCGAGCCCGUUCUCACCCCCGCCUGCUCCAAUAAAACCACCCGUCCAGGGCUCUCUCGCGCCUCAACCCGCCAAUCCGUAGCCCUCAAAUCCCGUACCUACCUCUCAACCCUGCGUCGCAUCUUCCUCGACCCACUCUACGUUCUGACCUGGCUUCGCUUCCCGCCGGUUGCCCUCACCGUCUACUACGCCAGCAUAACCUUCGGCUCUCUCUAUUUCCUCAACAUUUCCAUCCAGGCCACCUUCUCCGCGCCCCCAUACGCCUUCAGCACGCUCGUGCUUGGCUUGCUCUACAUCCCUAGCUCCAUUGGCUACCUCCUUGCCUCCAUCCUAGGCGGCCGCUGGAUCGACCGGAUAAUGCACCGCGAAGCAAGAAAGGCCGGGCGCUACGACGAGUCUGGAAAACUUAUCUUUAGGCCGGAGGAUAGGAUGAGGGAGAAUGCAUGGAUGGCGGCGAUCCUAUGGCCCGGGGCGCUAAUGUGGUAUGGUUGGAGUGUAGAAAACGGAGUUUUCUGGUUGGCGCCGAUGAUUGCGAAUUUUUUCUUUGGAGUCGGGAGUAUGUUGAUAUUUUCGUUAAGUACGACAAUGCUGACAGAGUUUAUGCCGAGGAGGGCGAGUGCCGGGAUUGCGAUUAAUAAUUUCGUGAGGAAUAUCUUUUCGUUUACUGGGGCUGUUGUUGCGGAGCCGAUUAUUCAUGCCAUUGGGAAUGGGUGGCUUUGUACUAUCUUAGGGUUGUGGAGUCUGCUCAGUGGGAUUGCGGUUAUUAUGGCAAUGAAAAGGUGGGGUCCUGGGUGGAGAGAGAGGAUGGUAAAAGAGUUGGGUUGAUCCGUUGAGGAAGCGUUGUGUUUUAACUGAGGGCUCUCUUAGAAGUAUUUAUCAUGCACCAGAGCUGGUAAGGAAAAGAGUCAUUGAACUUGAAGCAAUGAGAGUAUGCGGACUUUGUGGUUAAGAGGGCUGGAGGGAUGAUUGGGUGCGACAUGAGUUCAUUCCAAUCCACCGAGAUUUGUGGUAUUGGGGAAGCAUGUUAUGAUGUCGGGUCGGAGUUUACGCAGAGUAGAGAUGAGAAAAGGAGUGCAAAAUGUGAAAUUGGCCAGCAUGCACGGUGAUGAAU